AUGCUGCGGAAGUCUGUUCUUGAGCUGUCUUCGCGUUUGUCAGUAAAGAGAUUCCCAAGGAAUUUGGGAGCUCAGAGGUUUCAUUUGAGUUCUUCGAGAAACGUAUCGACUUCUGGUAAAAAUGGUCUUCCUGGAGCUAAUCCUGUAGGGAAACCAGAUGCCUCAAAAGUGGUUCCUCCUAUUCCUCCGGUAGGUAAACCAGAUGGGUCUAAAGGGAAUUCUUCGAAAGUUAUUAUAGGAGGAGGUGUCGCUGUCGUUGGUGGUUUUCUGUUAGCGUAUCAGACUGGGUAUUUGGAUCAGUAUCUAAGGAAAGAAGAGCAGAAACUGAGUGAGCCAGUUAAGUCUGAUGCUGUUACUGAAAAACUGGAGGAGGCUCAUCAUUUAAAUGUAGCUCCCGGUGUCGAUGAUUCUACUGGAAGUAGCUCAAUAACGGAUGAUAAAGCUGAAACGCACCCUGAAGUUACUCAUUCUGAAGCGUCUGGGGGAAUGCAGACUGACGGAGAAGUGCAACCCGAGUCUGAUGUAACACCUGAUCGUUAUACAUAUAUUUCUUCUAACCAAGAAGAGACACCUCAAGAAAGUGCUAUCGAUAGAGCAGAGAAAAGCUUGCCUAUUUCUUUAGAUUAUAGCUCUACCUCUGAGGAUUCGAGAACUAAGUCUGACACGUCCCCAGAUAUUAUUUCUGAGGCAGAAAAUGUGAGGUUGGAAGCUGUACAAAAACCUGGGGACAGUAUUGUUGUUAGUGCUCAGUCUAGUUCGGUUCAUGGAGAAAGUGAAAUGGAAUCUGCUUCAUCAAAGGAUCCUGCCACUGAAAAGGCACCUGAGGAGAACAUUGAACGGGAAGUAGAACAACGACCAGGUUCUCUCCUUAAGGAAUACAAUCUAGAAGGCAAUGYUGUUGAAAGCACCGGAUCUUCAUCWACRGGGGAGCAACUMACUCAAGAAACUGAGGCUCUUCCUAAGUCAAUUGAGGGGCUGAAAGAUGGUUACAUGACUGAAGACGGAAAGUUGGUACUUGAUUUUCUGGCUGCCAUUCAUGCAGCUGAGAAGAGACAGGCACAUUUAGAUGCCCAGGUCUUUGCUGACGAAUUACGAGCCUUGAAGGAAAAGUACGAAAAUGACUUGAGAGAUCUUAGGGCGCGUGAACUAAUGCGUAUAGAGGAGGCAGCAAUAUUGGAUAAGGAGCUAAAAAGAGAAAGAACAAAAGCAGCAGCUGCUAUCAAGGCAAUCCAAGAGAGAAUGGAAGAUAAGCUCAAAACAGAAAUUGAACAAAAGGAAACUGAAGCACAGUUGGCUUUGAGUAAAGCUGAAGAAUUGGCAAAAGCUGAGUUGACUUCAGCAAUUGCAAAAGAAAAGGCAGCACUAAUUGAAAAAAUGACAGAAGCAGAUCUUGAUAUGAAGGCGUUGUGUAUGGCAUUCUAUGCGCGCUCGGAAGAGGCUCGCCAAAGUCAUUCAGUUCAUAAGCUUGCAUUGGAUGCACUUGCGCUGGAUGGUACACUCUCGGAAGGACUGCCAAUCCAGAAAGAAAUCGAUAUGCUUCAGUCUGAUCUGAAAGGAAUUCAUAAGGACUCAAUCCUAGACUUGGUGUUAUCAUCUCUUCCAGAAGAAGCACGAACCAAUGGAACAGACACAAUACUUCAACUGAACCAGAAGUUUAACUCCUUGAAAGGAACACUCAGACACUUCAGUCUCAUUCCACCUGGUGGCGGAGGAAUCUUAGCACAUUCUCUAGCACAUGUAGCAUCUUCGCUCAAGUUCAAGGAAGUGGAUCAAGCUAAUGGAGGCAUUGAAUCUGUAAUUACUAAAGUCGAUAAUUACUUGGCCGAGGGAAAACUAGCAGAAGCAGCAGCUGCACUUGAAGAAGGUGUUAAAGGAAGUAAAGCAGAGGAAAUAGUCACUGAUUGGGUGAAACGUGCACGGAACAGAGCCAUUACAGAACAAGCUUUAACUAUUCUCCAAUCUUAUGCAACUUGUGUCAGCCUCACUUGA